AUGAAAAUACGUAAGCAUCGAAAAUGGUGUAUGAGUCUGUCUCAUUUACUUUCUAUACCAUUCUUUCAGUUACAAAUAACUUUAAUUCUUGGAGUUAUAUUUAUAAUACCUGAUGCACUCGCCAGCAGAGACGUGAAUGUGGAAUCUAUUUUUAAAGACUACAACAUCGUUCCCGAUAUUGUUUCGGUUGCCCCAGAAAAUGUACUAAAUGUUUUCUAUAGUUCUGCAGAAAUAUGCCCCGGAGAUGAGAUCGUUCAGACACAAUCUAUAAUGAUGCCAAGCCUGACGUUCGAAAGCCAAUCUAAAGAAAACUACACUUUAAUUAUGAUCGGUUUAACGAACGAUGGGACAGCGGAGGCUUUAAAUGAUUCUGAGUUUGAAUUUUCAGGAGAUGGUUCAGAUGCAGAUGUGCCCUCACAGCAAACUCCGGCUUUACGCUCCGUCCUAUACUGGCUAAUUAUCAAUAUCCCUGGAAACAACAUUAAAGCCGGUUUCACAGUCACGCCGUACGUACCGCCCGUGGUAUACCCGGGCUCCGGAUAUCAUAGAUUCGUCUUUCUCUUAUAUGAGCAGAGGAAAUAUAUUGAUGAGUCAGACUCUGCUUUGUUAAACCUGGCAGUAAAACGGUCAAGGUUUCGUGUAUCACAUUUUGCCAGUGAAUACGGCAUGAAAAAACUGGAAGCUGGAAACAUCUUCACUAUGAAGAUGGCGGCGCCUAAAGAAGAAUUUUAUUGUAAAGCU